AUGGAGCUGAAGAGAGGAAAGACCUUCAUCAAAUCCAGCCUGCAGAUUUCCCAUGAGAAACCCCCAGACCCAGCAGCCACUGCUCCAGUCAGGGAGGAUGCAGGUCCCUGGUCAGUCUCACCAGGAGGGCAACAGCGGCCCUACAGUGAGAGAGCCCCACAGGUUAGUCCCAACGCCCAAGGAUAUGACAGAUGCCCCAACAAGGGAGCAAAACCAGAACCCGAGGUGGGGGCUACAGCCUUCUGUGGGGCCACCUUCAAACUGGUACGAAAGAGCAAGACUCAUGACAGUGUGCCUGGGGCUGGCAGGGUGAGUGCCACCACAGGGCACCUGGUGGGCAGCGCGAGUUUCCCAGGACCCUCUAGCAGCCAGCGCAUGAUUGACUACCGCCACUUUGUGCCCCAGAUGCCCUUCGUGCCAGCUGUGGCCAAGAGCAUACCAAGGAAGAGGAUCUCCCUGAAACGACCUAAGAAGUGCUUUCGGAACCUAUUCCACAUUCGCAGAAACAAGACUGAGAACUUGGCCUCACUGGUAACCAAGAGGGAGAGCCUGUCCUCGCCUGGAGGCCCAUCAGAGGCUGGAGGGCAGACAGACACAGGCUUCUUUCCCUUUGGUGAAGGACUGGGGCCAGAUGGCCUAUGUCAAGACCUAUCUGACAGCGAGCUCCUGCCCGACUCUUCCUUUGACCUCUGUAGGGCCCUGUGUGAGGAUGUGGCCUCACUCAAGAGCUUUGACUCUCUUACAGGCUGUGGGGAGAUCUUUGCAGAUGAAAGUUCCGUGCCAUCCCUGGAACUGAACGAGGGCCUGGAGAGCCCAACUCAGGUAUCACAGGCCCUUGAAAACAAAGUUCUUAGGGGCCCCUUCCAGGGCAGCAUGGAACAGCUGGCAUCACCCGCCCAAAAUGAGAUGUCUGACUUUGCCAAGUUCUGGGACAGUGUGAAUCGCUCUGUGAGACAGCAGCAUAGCACCCUACUGGGCCCAUGGCUGGGGAGUCCCCAGGGGACAGAUACAGACCGACCCAGGUUGGAUACAGCUGGGCUUGCUGAGCUCCCCCUGUGUCCUUGCAGGGACCCCCACAGUGGCUCCAAAGCCAGCUCCAUAGACACAGGUACCCCCAAGAGUGAACAGCCAGAAUCUGUGUCCACAAGUGAUGAAGGCUACUAUGACUCCUUCUCACCUGGCCUCGAGGAGGAUAAGAAGGAGGCUUCGAGCCCAGGCACACCUGCAGCUGCCUUCCCCCGGGAUAGCUACAGUGGAGAUGCCCUCUAUGAGCUCUUCUAUGACCCCAGUGAGGGCCCUGUUGGCCCAAGCCUGGAUGAUGACCUGUGUGUGUCUGAGAGUCUGUCAGGGCCAGCACUAGGAGCACCACUGUCCAUGUGCAGCUUCCAUGUGGGGGCAGAGGAAAACUUGGCCCCAACACCAGGUCCAGACCUGCUCAGCCAGAGCUUUUUGCAAAGCUCCUGGAAGGGCAAAGAGUGUCUGCUAAAGCUCUGUGACACUGAGCUUGCCAUCACCAUGGGCAUUAUCAAUUGGCUUCGCCGUAGCCCUGAGCUCCGCACCCCGCCUGCCUCAGCCCCUGGAGAUACUGCAACCUCACCCAGGGGUCAGACAGAGAAACUGGAAGCUGGCUCUGAGCAAAAGAGCCCAGGUCCAGUGAAGCUGGAGGUCAGGGGGCCUGGGGCUUCAGAUGCAGGUAGGACCAUUGUGGGCUCAGUACCCAGCAGGCGGGAGCUGUGGGCACAUUCGCUUACCAAGGGCCUACUUGCUGGAGAGAGCAAGGUCCUAGCAGGGCCUGAGCAGGUAACUAGCUCUCUGUCCAGGGACCCAUCUCUGGAGUGUGUGCAGGUCUCUGGGGAAGGAGGGACACAAGGCUGCUAUGAAGGCUUGUUCUCCCCUGUGGGAUCUGCAACCUCUGCAACAACAGACACUUGCAGCAAAAACAAAGUCUCAAACCUUUGGCCUAGCUCCCAGGAGCCCAGACCACCUGAGAAUCUGGAGUAUUUCCGAGGUUCUUGGAGGCCUGGUCCUGGGGAAAGCACCCUCGAUGUAGAGCCCACCCUGACAGGCUGUGCGGCCCAGGUUGCAGCCCUGCAGAUCCAACCAGACUGCCAACCCCCUACUAAACAGCCCCUAAGGCAGGACAUGAGCAGUGGGCUCUGCAGGCAACCUCAAACCAGGGGCCCUGAAAUUCAGCAGAAACAGCCUAACAGCUUCCCUAGCGUGGCAGUUUCAUGUGGCCUGCCCUCCCUGGGUAGUCCACUACACAGCUCACAGGACCAGAGGUGCCCAGGCCAUGUUCUUGACCUCAGCCAGCUCAGGGUGGAGCACACCAGGAUGGAUGCCCAGUCUCGUGCCUCUGUGGAGGACCAGCCCCUGUAG